AUGAAGGCCACCACCUUCCUCGCCGUCGCCGCCGCCCUCUCGCUCCCCCUCGUCGCUCAGGCCCACGGCCCCGACUCGGCCGCCCACUCGCGCCGGUUCAACCGCGUCCUGCGCGGGCCCGACGACGCCCCGGUCAUCGACCUCGAGCUGAGCGACCCGGCCCACAAGGCCGACUUUGCCGUCCGCAACGCGAGCCUCGUCGCCCAGGGCGACUCGUCGUCCGACGGCCAAGAGCUCCACAGCCUGUCCAAGCGCGGCUACAACGGCAGGGCCACCUUCUUCGAGCCCGGCUUGGGAGCGUGCGGCACCUACAGCGGCGCGGGCGACUUUAUGGUCGCCAUGAACCAGGCCCAGUAUGGGGACCUCGGCGCCGUCUCGUCGUGGUGCUUCCAGACCAUCACCAUCUCGUACGGUGGCAAGACGGCCAACGCCCAGGUCCUCGACGCGUGCCCCGGCUGCCCUUACGGCGGCCUCGACAUGUCGCCCGCCCUCUUCCGCCACUUUGCCGACGAGUCGGUCGGCGUCAUCUACAUGAGCUGGUCGGCUGGCGGCGGCGGCGGCGGCAACAACAACAACGACGACCAGAAGAAGAAGGAGGCGGCGGCAGCGGCUUCGUCCUCGUCGGCAGCAGCAGCAUACGUCGGCUGCCGCCGCAUGGGCCUCGUCCUCGUCCUCGCGCGCCGCCGCAUGGGCCUCGUCGUCGUCCCAGCGCACAACGCGUGGCUCGCGUCGUCCAGUUCGUCCGCCGCUGCCGCCGCCGCUUCGUCCGCGAGCGCCCAGAGCGCGGCGGCUCAGGCGGCUCAGGCCUCGCGCGCAUCGGCCCAGUCGGCGGCGUCGGUCGCGUCGGCUGCGGCUGCUGCCCAGUCGUCGGACGCUGCGCUGUCGGCCGCCGCUGUGUCGGCUGCUUCGGUCGCGAGCGUCGCCUCUGCCGCCGCCGAGUCGGCUUCGGCCAUCCCGAGCGCGACCAUGUCGUCGUCCGCGAGCCUCGUGUCGGGCUCGGCCUCGGCCUCGGCGUCCAGCUCGGGCGGCGCCGUCGCGCCCGUCAACGUCGCGGCGCCGGCCAUCCCUGCCGGCGCCGUCGGCGGCAACCUCGACAGCAUCGCGCAGCUCGUCAUUGCCAUGGGCAACGUCGUCGCCGCCAAGGCCGCCAACGCCGAGUAAUCGUCCCUCACCUUUCCGCAACCUUGUUCCGCCGCAAGCGCCCCCUCUCAC